CUUUUUCUUUCUUUACUUUAUUAUGGUUGCUUCUACUUCUUUAGAGGUUGUUCCUGACGACCCAACUGCUUACAAAACACAACAAUAUUGGGAAGAGAGAUAUCAAAAAGAAGACUCAGAUACUACAUUUGACUGGUUCAAGACAUAUGCAGAACUAAAGCCUCUUCUUAACGAGGCUAUUCCCAACAGAGAAGCCAAAAUUUUAAUGCUGGGCUGUGGCAAUUCAACUUUGGGUGAAGAUAUGUACAAUGACGGCUACAAAAACAUUACCAAUAUUGACUAUUCAAAAACUGUGAUCGAGAACAUGAAGAGCCGUUGUGUCGACAAACCAGAAAUGACAUGGUUAGAAAUGGAUAUUCGUGAUUUGAAGUUUGAUGAUGAAUCGUUUGAUGCCAUUAUUGAUAAAGGUACUAUGGAUGCUUUAAUGUGCGAUAGAGGAGAUGUUUGGGACCCUUCAGAAGAAUUAAUUAAUGAUGUCAAAGGAGAAGUGGACGAAGUACAAAGAACGUUAAAAGUAAGCGGUGUGUUCCUAUACAUCACUUUUGGACAGCCUCAUUUCCGUAAAAGACAUCUUCAAAGAGAUUGCUGGACUAUCAACAUAAAGACAAUGGGUGAAGCUUUUCAUUAUUUCUUUUAUACAAUGAUUAAAGAAAAGAAAUAAUGGUGGCUUAGAUUUGCAUUUUUCUUGCAUAAAUAAACAUUUUUUUAUCUCCUUUUUCUCUUGAAA